ACGUCUGCAAGACUUUCAUUUUGGAACUGUUUUUGAACCAUAACGCGACGUCUUGAUUGGACGUUCAAACAACGGACACUCAACGUCUCAAUGUUUGCUGGGAUUUCUUUUCUAUCCAGUACAGCUCUGUGCUCCUCUGCAGUCUGCUUCAGCAAAGUGUAGGCAUCACUUCUCGUCCUUCCUUUGGUGUCCAUUCCGGCGUCAUGUGAAAAGGGUUCAUAGUGUUUCUCUCGCCCUAGACCGGGACCUCCUCCGUCUAGCUCAUUCGUCAGUGUCGAGACGUACUCGCCCCGGUUGUCCCGGUGGGGUAGUGCCCCUGUCCCCGGUUCAUCCCGCAUCCUUCGGCGUGCGGCGGAGCGGAGGAUGAGCGAGCAAGGGAAGGGCUCGGCACCCGCCUCUGCCGCGGCCCCGGCCCCAGGGUCGGAUACUUACAAAGGCUGGCUUUUUAAAUGGACCAACUAUUUGAAAGGGUACCAGCGGCGAUGGUUUGUCCUCAGCAAUGGCCUGCUCUCAUAUUACAGGACGCAGGCAGAGAUGGCCCAUACGUGCCGUGGAACAAUCAACUUGGCCACAGCACACAUCGACACAGAGGACGCCUGCAAUAUUGUCCUGAGCAGUGGCGGCCGCACUUACCACCUGAAGGCUAGCACAGAAGUGGAGCGGCAGAGAUGGGUGACAGCACUGGAGUUGGCCAAAGCUAAAGCCAUCCGCAUGAUGAACGAUCAGUCUGAUGACUCGGGGGACGAGGAACCUACAUCCCAGUCGGACCGCAGCGAGAUUCAGGGCACCCUGAAGAUACUCGUCAGCAAGCUUGAUGACCUCAGCACAUGUAAUGACCUGAUCGCCAAGCAUGGGGCAGCCCUGCAGCGUUCCCUGAGUGAACUCGAGGGUCUGAAAGUCCCUGUGGAAGGAGGGGAGAAGAUCAAGGCAGUCAAUGAGCGAGCCACCCUCUUCCGCAUCACUUCCAAUGCUAUGAUCAAUGCGUGUCGAGACUUCUUGGACCUAGCAGAGACUCACAGCAGGAGAUGGCAGAGGGCGCUGCAGUAUGAGCGAGAGCAGCGUAUCCACCUAGAGGAGACCAUUGAGCAGCUAGCCAAGCAGCAUAACAGCCUGGAGCGAGCGUGGCGAGAAGCACCCACGCUUGUUUCCACCACACCCAGUGCCCCUACUGCCAACAAGGGAGGGAGUGAGAGGCUGCACAAAGAAGAGGCGAGUGAUGAAGAUGAGAAUACUGAGUACUUUGAUGCCAUGGAGGAUUCCCCUGAAUUUAUCACAGUGACUGCCACUGAGAACACACAGCACAGGCGAUCUCAGAGUAAUUUGAGCGGAGCGAGCGGAAGUCAGCCCAAUCACUGGAACCAGGACGAUCAUAUGUCUCCAAGCUGUAAUGAUGUGUCAGGGAAGGAGGUGCAGCCCCGCAGACAGAGACGGACUCGUGUCCCAGACAAGCCCAACUACUCCCUCAAUUUGUGGAGCAUCAUGAAGAACUGCAUUGGCAAGGAGCUCUCCAAAAUCCCCAUGCCUGUUAACUUCAAUGAGCCUCUGUCGAUGCUACAGCGCCUCACAGAGGACCUGGAGUAUCAUGAGCUUCUGGACAAGGCAGCACGUUGCGACUCCUCCCUGGAGCAGAUGUGCCUGGUCGCUGCCUUCUCCGUCUCGUCCUAUUCCACCACGGUCCACCGAACAGCCAAGCCCUUCAACCCCCUCCUGGGCGAGACCUACGAGCUUGAUCGACAAGAGGAGUUUGGCUACCGCUCGCUGUGUGAGCAGGUGAGCCAUCACCCCCCUGCAGCUGCACAUCAUGUGAUUUCCCAACGAGGCUGGACCCUGUGGCAGGAAAUCACCAUCGCCAGCAAGUUCCGUGGCAAAUACCUCUCUAUAAUGCCUCUGGGUGCCAUUCACCUACAGUUCCACUCCAGUGGGAACCACUAUGUGUGGAGAAAGGUCACCUCCACAGUGCACAACAUCAUUGUGGGCAAGCUGUGGAUUGACCAGUCAGGGGACAUUGAGAUUGUGAAUCACAGGACAAAGGAGACCUGUCAACUCAAAUUCUCUCCCUACAGUUAUUUCUCCAGGGAUGUUCCACGGAAGGUGACAGGUAUGGUGGCAGACAGUGAAGGCCAGGCUCACUACAUCCUCUCUGGUACGUGGGAUGAUAAAAUUGAGAGUGCCAAGAUCAUUCAGAGCAGCCGAGGGGGCAGUGGAUCAGAGGGCAAGCAGAAGACGGUCUAUCAGACGUUGUCCCCCAAACUGCUGUGGAAGAAAUACCCUCUCCCGGAGAACGCUGAAAACAUGUACUAUUUCUCAGCGCUGGCACUAACCCUGAACGAGCCGGAGGAAGGAGUGGGACUGACCGACAGCCGUCUGAGACCAGACCAGAAGCUGAUGGAGGAAGGGCGAUGGGAUGAGGCAAACUCAGAAAAACAGAGGCUAGAGGAGAAACAAAGAGCCGUGAGGAGGAGGAGGGAAGCGGAGGCCUCAGACGCUGUGGAUGAAGGUAAAGAAUACGAAGGCUACCAGCCGUUGUGGUUUCACCAGAGGAGGGAUUCCGUUACUGGAGAGACAAACUUUGUGUACAACGGAGGUUACUGGGAGGCGAAGGAGAGACAGGACUGGAGCAUGUGUCCUAACAUCUUCUAACCCAGGAACUCUGCCAGGAUCACUCCUAACCUCAUCGGACAGGGAACUGCUCUGCCUCUGGUCCUUCAGCAAUGGGGCUUAUCUGGCUUAUGAGCACCAUGUGGACCUUUUAUUGAGCAUGAGAAUGUGUAUGUUUCACACACUCUCGGAUUACCUCCAAAUGUACACUCUCACUCUGUUUUUACUAUCGAGAAAAAGAAGGGGCGUUCCCUGAGUCUUUGACACUAUAAUGAAACAGCACUGAGAUCAUGUGUGGAUGUGAGGUGGUGUUGGAGUUGUAACACCACACAAUAAAGGCACCUGCACACUCCUGAAAUCAGGUGCUCGAUAAAUCUAAUUCACAAUGCACUUUUUCUGUUUUCACCCCAUUUAAGAGUUUUUACUGAUUGGACAGAAACCCAUAUCAAAGGAGCUCACAUUUCUAGACUGACAACUAACAGGGACAAAAUAAAAACAGGCACAUAGAUGCAGAACAGUGUUGAACAAACAUGUCAGUUUUUCAGGGGUUUCAAGAAAAGUGUCCUCAUCCUUAAUUUUAUUCAGCACAAUUGAGAUUAUGGCAGACCUACUUUAUAUAUCUUAAAUUAGUUCCCUCUUUUUUAAGUGCUCAUUAUUUGCCCAUUUUAGUUGCUUAAGGACGAGGCUAAGGCUUAAAAAUGUUGUUUGGAAAAUUUUGUCUAAUAGAUGUUAUCAAUUAUGCAGACACAAAGAGUUAAACAUUAAAUAAAUAAAAAAGACAUUCAGGAAAACAUAUUCACAUAAAUAACUACAGACAAAUGGGUAACAUAGCCUAGUAAGCUAAUGCUAUGGAUUUUUUUUUACUCAGCUCCUUAUACUGUAUGAAAUUAAUGCUGCUUAUUUUCACAGCAAGUCAUUUGUCAGCAAGUCAGUUUUAUUUUACUUUUUUUUUUUUUUAUCAAGACAAACUGGGCAGAGCCAGGUCCAGAAUGUCAUUGGUUGGUGGUAAAGCGGUCACUGAGAAAAAUUAAAAAGGACAUUUUGAAGUGAAAACUGCUAAAAAGAAAUCAAGUAAAUAAAACUGGCCAAUUCAAUCCAUAAUAAUGCUGUCAUCCUGACAAUAAGCUGGACGAAAUAAUGUUUUAUAAUAACGAGCUGUGUUUAAAAAAAUAUAUUGGAUUACUUCACAAUUUUAUGGUUAUAUUAUAUAUUUUGUGUGUUUUUAUUAAUAUGAUUGUUUACUUUCCAUAACCAACAGCUAAUAUUUGAUUGGGAAAACCAUCUUUUUUAUACAGCAGAGGCUGGCUUGUCUGAACUGAUGAAAUAUGCAGCAGUGCAGAAAUAUAUUCUAUUUGGUGUGAAUGUUGGGAGUUUCCCUCUAGAAUUUAAGUAGUCAAUUAGACUAGAGUCCAUGUAGAGAUAAUAUAUGGCUGCUUAUUAAUUUCAUAUGUUGAAUAUAAAUUGCCUCUAUGCUUCAAUGCAUUUUAGUCAUCUAAACAUGCUUCAGACAUUUUCCAUUUGUGAUUCUGAUUGGUAAAAUUCUGCAGUAGUGAGUCCUUUAGUUGUAACACGUUAGUGCAAUUGCACCAGUAACACACUGAACAUCCAUAUCACUCUAAUCUUCAUCAAAGAGCUAAAUAAGCACUUUUCACUGUGGUAGAUCAUAGGUAAGUAGUAUAUAUCUCUGUGUUGAUGUUGAGAAAAUUUCACGCUGUACAUGUACUUUACCUUGUCCUCUGGUGCUCUCCCAUAGCAACACAUACUGUAUCCUUGGUGGCCAUUUUCAGUGCAUCAUUGUCCGUGAUCAUACAAAAUAGUAUUAAGUCUGCACCAAAGCACUGAGACAUUCAGUGAUUACCACCCAGUACAUACAGGAACAUGUUGUUUUCUAUAUUGGUACUAGCUCCACAGCCUCCAUCAGUCACUAGUUUGUAGCUCAGUUUCCAGUUGGACUACAGCACGUUAAACUGGACCGGUUUCUCUGAGGAGUCCAGUGUGGCUUCAGCUGAAAGGAGGCAGGGCUGGUUCCUGUAUCACACCUCUGUGCAAUUAGCUCCAGCCACAGAUGAAUCCCCCCAGCUACCGCUCCAGCUCAACACAGCUCACACAUGUAGUCCUUUCAUUCGGUGUUUGUGGACACGCUGAUCUGGGAUCAGCUCACGAAGGUAACCCUUAGUCUUUUGCCUUUAAUUGACUGAACAAGGGAAAGAGUCCCCUGACCUGUGCACUACACGUCUACGGAGACCAUUGUUUUGAAAACCAGUUAGUAUUUUUUUGUAAUUAUUGUUAGGAAUGUAGAAUCCAAGGCUGGAGGUAUUGUAUCUACCAUCUAGUCUAUUUGUGUGAAUAUUUUGUGAUAAAAGAAUGAUAUUGUAAAAUGAAGAAUAAUUAAACUAAUCUGAGUAUAAAGUUAUCUGUACAGUAAAGUCCAACUCUGAAAACUAA